CACAGCGCAGGCCGGGCGGAAAGAGCCGAAGCGGGCAGGCGGCGGAAAUAUCCGAAGCGGUGGGGCGCCCGAGGCCGUUGCGGACCUCCGCGCCGAAGCCGUUGCUGCCGCGGAAGCCGACCCUCCUCCAGUACACGGCCGUCGCCACCGCAGCCCCCGCCUCCCUCUUCCGACCCGAGCCGCAACCCCCUCGGGAAGGGAGCGAGUGAACGGGCCAGUGGCGCGGCCUGAGGACCCCGCGUCCGCAGCCGCCGCUGGGCCUGAGGACACCGGGGCGGGCGAGGGGGAGGAGGGAGCGGCGGGUGGGGGCGGGGCCGAGCGGACACGAGAACAGCCGAGUGGGCCCGAGUGCUGCCGAGUGAGCCCGAGGCGCCGGGCCAGGCCGGAGCCGACUACGGGAGCCGACGCGGGCCGCGCGGUGGGCGCGGAGCGGCGCGGCAGGCCGGGAGGGCGGCGGCAGCAGCCGAAGAGGCCGCGGCGGCGGGUCCGAGUGGCGGAGGCGGCAAGGGCGGCGGAGGCGGGGGGCCGGGUGGCCGGGGUCCCGGGCCCCGCAGGGGCGGCAGCGGCGGCGGCGGCAGGAUGAUCAAGCUGUUCUCGCUGAAGCAGCAGAAGAAGGAGGAGGAGUCGGCGGGCGGCACCAAGGGCAGCAGCAAGAAGGCGUCGGCGGCGCAGCUGCGGAUCCAGAAGGACAUAAACGAGCUGAAUCUGCCCAAGACGUGCGACAUCAGCUUCUCAGAUCCAGACGACCUCCUCAACUUCAAGCUGGUUAUCUGUCCUGAUGAGGGCUUCUACAAGAGCGGGAAGUUUGUGUUCAGUUUUAAGGUGGGCCAGGGUUACCCGCAUGACCCCCCCAAGGUGAAGUGUGAGACGAUGGUUUAUCACCCCAACAUUGACCUCGAGGGCAACGUCUGCCUCAACAUUCUCAGAGAGGACUGGAAGCCAGUCCUUACGAUAAACUCCAUAAUUUAUGGCCUGCAGUAUCUCUUCUUGGAGCCCAACCCUGAAGACCCACUGAACAAGGAAGCCGCCGAGGUCCUGCAGAACAACCGGAGGCUGUUUGAGCAGAACGUGCAGCGCUCCAUGCGGGGUGGCUAUAUUGGCUCCACCUACUUCGAGCGCUGCCUGAAAUAGGGUUGGCGCAUACACACCCCUGCCAGGGCCACCAGCCCCGGCGUCCCCUGCAAAUAUUUAUUGGGGGCCACAGGUGGGGGGGGGCAUGGGGCAGCCGGUGGGGGAAUCCCAUGCCCUGACCUGCCACCCCUCCCUGCCACCCGCUCCUAGUUUUUUUUUUUUUUUUAAACCACCAUGUGAUUGAGGUCGGCGCUGCCUCCCCCGACCCGCUCAGCGAUGGGAAAUGAAUUGGCUUGUCUAGCCCCACGCUGGGUGCUGUCCAGCCCCCCUAAUCUGGGCUCUGGGGUGGGAGGCCAAGGGUGGCUGGGCACCCAGCACCCCACCCCUGCACCACUGGAGGUCCCGCCAGGCUAUUAAAGGGGAAUGUUACUGCAUG